AUGCCGAACAUUGUGCUCUUCAGCGGCAGCUCCCACCACGACCUGUCCCAGCGGGUGGCGGACCGGCUCGGGCUGGAGCUGGGCAAGGUGGUCACCAAGAAGUUCAGCAACCAGGAGACCAGUGUAGAGAUUGGUGAAAGUGUGAGAGGGGAAGAUGUAUAUAUUAUCCAGAGUGGCUGUGGAGAAAUAAAUGACAACUUAAUGGAGCUGCUCAUCAUGAUCAAUGCUUGCAAGAUUGCAUCAUCCUCCAGAGUGACUGCUGUAAUUCCAUGUUUUCCAUAUGCCAGGCAAGAUAAGAAAGACAAGAGCCGUGCACCAAUCUCUGCAAAACUUGUUGCCAACAUGCUGUCAGUGGCAGGGGCUGACCACAUCAUCACCAUGGACUUGCAUGCUUCUCAGAUCCAGGGUUUCUUUGACAUUCCAGUAGAUAACCUGUAUGCAGAACCUGCAGUCCUGCAGUGGAUUAAAGAGAACAUUCCUGAGUGGAGAAACUGUAUCAUAGUCUCACCUGAUGCAGGUGGUGCAAAAAGGGUUACUUCAAUUGCUGACAGACUGAAUGUGGAAUUUGCACUCAUUCAUAAGGAAAGAAAGAGGGCAAAUGAAGUGGACAGAAUGGUCUUGGUUGGUGAUGUGAAAGACAGAGUGGCAAUUCUUGUUGAUGAUAUGGCUGACACAUGUGGCACAAUAUGUCAUGCAGCAGACAAGUUAAUGUCUGCUGGAGCUACUAAAGUUUAUGCCAUUCUGACUCAUGGCAUCUUUUCUGGUCCUGCCCUCUCUCGGAUUAAUAAUGCAUCGUUUGAGGCUGUUGUGGUAACCAACACAAUCCCCCAAGAGGAGAAAAUGAAACAUUGCCCAAAAAUACAGUUUAUUGACAUUUCCAUGAUCCUGGCAGAGGCAAUUCGAAGAACACACAAUGGUGAAUCAGUGUCUUACCUGUUCAGUCACGUCCCCUUGUAACUGCAGGGGAUUACACUGCAUCUUUGCAAAGGUCUCUUAAGUUAGCACUGUUUUUAACUCUGCACAUCAACCAUGAGAAAUUAUUAUCUUUGUACAAUUCAAGAGCUUGUAUGUAUAAUAAUCAAAUUUGUCUUGUAAUUAACAUUUGUUCUUUGUAAAUGGGCAAUAAAUCUCCAUCUUGCAGAAAACUUAAGAAUUCUCUUCAGAGUCUGGAAGUCUUGUGUGUUGUGCAAGUUCUUCUAUGUGCCUGUUCUCACAUUUGGCUAACUGCUGUGUCAGAUCCACUUUUCUAUACAGAACUACAAACUGUUCACAGAACUUAACAGGAUGUACAUGUGUAAGAUCAUUCUCUGUGUUAAGCUAAA